CCUGGACAGCUGGGUCCAGAGACUUCAUUGAAAACAAACUUCAUAUGCUUGUACAUGUGCAAACCUAGUCAUCGAGAAGAAGUUUUAAUGAGCAUCACAAUCUGACCUAUUUAGGUUAGGCUCGUUCCAGACCAUGGCAACAGCACCGAUGAAGGGGAAAUAUGCGCGGGUCGUUGAGACAGACGUGGGAAAGUGUUUCCUGCUGGUGCAGUGGCGAGCUGGCGUAGCAGCGGAGGAGCUGGGUUUUGACAUCAUGCUCUUCCAUGCUCGCAGCAUGCGUAUGUUCGUAGGGAAAGGAAUCAAGCGCCCGCAGAGCUUUAUCUGCCUGGAGCACUGGAUGUCGCUAGCUGAGCGGGCUCUGGCGCAGGGGCUGGCGUCGGCAGCGGCAGGCGUGGCCUUCGAGUUUGACGUGGACACGGGACAGCUGCAGUGGACGUGGCCGCACAGCGCCGCGGGGCCGGAGCUGCAGCUGCAGGCGGCGGCGGGUCUGCAGCAGCGUGUGUCGCUGACGCCUCUGCCUCCCGACCAGCCCGGCACGGGGCUGCAGCUGGAGGGGCUACUGGGGCCCGUGUUCGACAACUUCUACCUGCUGCACCACGCGUGUGAGCAGCUGGACCGGCAGCUGCAGCUGCAGGCGGCGGAGCUGGCGGCGCGCGGCCGAGAACUGCAGAAGAGCCACGAGGCGCACCAGGCGGAGAUGGACGACAUGUACAUCAAGGUGGCACUGGCUCUGAACGCCAAGACGGACAAGCUGGCGGAGCAGCGCGACCGCAUACAGCAGCUGGAGGCGCAGAUACGCACACUGCAGCAGCAGCUGGCGGAGGCGGAGCAGGUGCACACGGACAACGAGGAGGACGAGGGCCGCGCAUCAGACGGCGAACAGCCCCAGCAGCCGCCGCCGCUGCCGGCAGCAGCAGCAGCAGCAGCAGAUGCGGGGGGUGGCGGAGCCGGGCCAUCCAGGCCCACGCCCGCGUCUGGGCCUGGGUCGGGCGUCCAGAGCCGUGGGCUUGGGGGCGCCAACGGUGUCCGCACGGUGGAUGCAGUGCAGGCAGGCCUUGGUGCGCCGGAGUCCCGUGGCCAGGACCAGCGCCGCGGUGGGGCGACAGCGGCAGAUGCAGCGGCAGAGACAGGCGCGGCCGCUGCCGGCGGCGGUGCGGGGGCAGGGGUGCUCGGGUCGGGGCGCGGGGGGCCAGCAGGCGGUGUGGCCGGGCGGGCAGCGGCUGGCGUCUGCCCCAUGGACGUGGACAGAGCCGCAGGGGCCGCGGCUGAGGGCCCAGACAGCGAUGAAGACCUGGGGCUGCGGGGAGGCCCUGCUACUGCGGCGGCGGCGACUGCGGCGGCGGUGGCGGCGCUGUACGGCAGUUUGGGCGCCACGCAGGUGGACGAGGACCUGCUGCUGGCAGAAACACAGCCCGCUGCUCGAGGGCCGCUGCUGCCGCCGCCGGUCGCGGCACCGCCGCAGCCCCAGGCGCCCGCGGUGCAGCCGCAGCAAGGCCCCGCUCCCGCGUCACCAGCACCUGCACCUGCACCUGCACCUGCACCAGCGCAAGCGCCAGCACAGACAGGGGCACCAGUGCAGCCGGCGGUGGCGCGGGCAGGCCCGGCGACCUGGGGUCUGGGGCUGGGCGGCGGUGGUUCUGACGACGACGACAGCGAUGAGGAGGAUGCGGCGUUGGGGUUGCGGAUGAAGUGAUGGCGGUGCGGGGUGCAGCUAGCUGCGUGUAUUGCACAAGUCGGAAUGCAUAAGGAGAAGGGCGGACAGCAGGACAUGGGGAUGCGUACUACAGGCUAGCAAAUGGGCUUGUGUGCACAUGUGUGCAUGUGUGUGGAUACGAGUUGGCUGUGAAUCCCGGCCUUGCCCCCGGUGUCGGGUGUGCUGGGCGUGUGUGUGUGAUGGGACAGUGGCAAGGCAAGUUCAAAAAGUCCCGUAGGGUGCAGCUGAUUCCCAGAACCCAACAAAUGGCAUACAAUUGGCAGCGGCGGGGCAAGAGUGCGCGGCUGGUCGAACGCCGGAGUUACUGUACCGACGAGUUGCUGGCUGGCUGGAAGUUUGCUGACGCGCAUUCCUCACGGGUGUGCUGGGCGUGUGAUGGGACAGGGUUUAGGCAGGUUGGCGAGGUCCCGUAGGGUGCAGCUGAUUUGGAACCCCAGCAGAUGGCAAAGAAUUCGCAACGGCAAGGCAGGAGGCUGGUCGAAGGCCGGAUUUUACUGUACCGACAAGCUGCUGGUUGGCUGGAAGUUUGCUGGUGCGCAUUCCUCACGCUCUGGGCGCCCGGCCAGGCGAUAGCACCACACAGACACACCGCAACGCCACACUCGCGAUGCAGAGCCGCAGGCCCGCAGCGGGUGUGCUGGGUGCCGAGAGUGAAGCCUUAAGGGAAAUAGAAGCUGCAGCGUGUCUGUGUAAGCGUAGUCAGGU